UGCUCAGCACCCAAGAGUCACGAACGCACCAAUUCUGCCCGACCACCAUCGUGUACGCCAGAAAACUUCUUCUUACUUCAGACUACCUAGAGAUGUGCUGCCGCAUGCCUCCCAAAACGCUAGCCAAUCUCAAUUGGCCCUUUUACUUCACUCGACUUGUCCUUCAACGAUACAAUUUUGAGAGGCUUCUCGCAUUGAUUGUCUCAAGAGGAACUGGCAAAGACGGAGUUAUUGUACCUAUUAAAAGCACCAAAAUCUACAAGAAGAACGAAACUGGGGUCUUUCGUUUGGCCGAAAAAAUUCCUGCACAACGACGUCUCAAAAUAAAACUGAAAUACACCGGUAAAAUUGGUAACGGAAUGAUCGGCCUUUAUACAAUGGCUUACGAGAGCUACAAUGGAUCAACAA